AUGACCGAGUUAUCACCGCGAGGUGUACGGUUCUCGGGCACCGAAGACGAGCAUUGCGAUAAGAUCAACAGCCUCCGACACGACGGUGCGAACGAAUCCAAUGGCGACCCCCAUGCGACAGAGCGUCAAGACGAGCUGGGCACACUGUCCCGGUACACAGAAUCAUCGGCCCAUACCGGGUCGUUGACCUCACUGCAUCCUGGGACUGUCAUCAACGGAAACCCCAAGUCACAGCGAAGCAGCACCGGUGAUGAUGGCGCCGGAUAUGCCAACGGCAGUUGGCCACAGCGGCCGCUGGGUCCUGCGAGAACGCCCUCGAGCACAUACAAUCCGGCAACGUCGAGAAAACCAGGCCAUCCACAAGCAACUCCAUCCUUCACCGAGGCCAUCCGAUCGUCAUCCAAGACACGCCCACUAAAGACUGAGAGCAGAUUUCGCGCCCAGGAGCGAGCAUAUGUCCAGAAACUCCGGCAAGACUAUAGCGGUGGAUACUUUACAUCGUAUUCGAGCCUGAACGGGAACGAUUCAGAUUCGGAAGGGGAGACUCCGUCAUCAGAGGGCCCAUACGAUGAUCGUUUUGAUCAAGAAACCAUCAUGUUUUAUGGGAAUGACAACCUCCAACCAACAGACGAAGACCUAAAAGACCCAGAAAACCGCGAGAGGCUCGAGUGGCAUGGCAUGCUGGAGGCUGUCUUGACGGGAGACGUCGUACGGCAAGAGAAGAAACGAUUGAUUGGUUCAGCCGACCAGCAGGCCGGCAAAUCCGCCCACAAAACCGAGCUAUGGCUAGGCAUUCGUUCCAAGGUCUGCGGAAGACAUAUCCCUGUCCAGAGACGCAUGCUUGAGGAAGCACGGUCUACCUUGGACCGCACGCUGGAAGAGAUUAUCAACUUUGAAGUUAAAGGAGAGAGUGAAGUUGGGAAACCACCAUAUGAGCAAGUCAAGGACAUGGUGAAGAAGAUUGAGAAGUGCGAAAACCUGUAUCCAUCCUGGUCUGCGCUCGCAGCAGAGCACAAGGCGGCAGAUUCUCCAGCUUUCAAGGAAGCGCACGAAGCAAUCAUCUCGUGGUACAACACAAACGAAAUGAUCAACACCGAGCUCUCUAUUCUCAAGAAAUGGGUGGGCAACGAUGAUCUGGACUUUACACGGACCAAGCAAAGGUCUCCCGCCGUCAACGGCAUCAGCAACGACGAGACUUCGUUCUUGGACAGGCUCAUGAAGGAGGACGGACUUCAAUCUCUCUACAACGACGACGACGAGAAGGGUAUGCUCGUGCCUAUAUCGAUUGUUAUCAACAAGGCCAAGGGCACGCUCAUCAGGAAUUCUGCCCCUUUCCGCAAGCGGCAUCUUCCACCGUAUCUCGAGGAACUCCUCACACUUAUCAGCUUCCCUUCCCGCCUCAUCGAAGAGAUUACUCGAACACGUUUGGCUUAUGCUCGGAGAGUUAAGGAAUCUGCCCAGCAAAACCCCCUGAUGCAAAAUCAGAUGAUAUCUCAGUUCCAACUUCUGCUCAAGUUCGCCAUUCGAAUCAAACUGGAAUGCACCUCCAUCGCGAAUCCGGAGCCAGGAUGGGACUUGCCCCCUUGCAUCGACGAGUCUUUCGACCAAGUUGUGCUGGAAGCACUGAAGUAUUAUUUCAAGAUGCUCAACUGGAAACUGAGCGGCAACAAAAACACGUUCAAGGAAGCGGAACUACUAUUCCAAGAAUGGGACUUUGCCAACGAAAUCGGCAGCCAUCUGCAGCGUGGUCACAUUGAAGUGGCGGAGCAGUUCAGUUCGUUGACCUUCAAGGCGUUGAACAGACUGAGUCAAACUUUCGAGAAGGAGUUGCAGGCGAAGCCCAAGGAGAGCGCAACAGAGAUGAGCAAGCGUUACAAGGCUUGUCUUGAUUCGGUUCGAGUUCGUCAACGAAUGCUUCAACGAUUCAGCCGAAUGUUGAGCGACAACUAUGAGCAUGCGUCGGAUUACAGCAUCUCGUUUACCCCAGAGACAAUGCAGAAAUUCUACGAUCAGCUGGUUGCCUCUGCACACUUCCAGGUGGACACUGGAGUUUUUGAGCAGGACAAUACAUAUGUCAUUGCAUCCCCUCACCUACGGGAGAGGCUCGAGGACAUUCAGGUUAUGAUGGCCAUAACGUCCCAGGAUCAGUUCCCUGACGAGCUCGGGGAGCAAUACCUACUCAUUCUUCGGCCUGAAGAUCCGCUCAACUGGUUCGGCGAAACAAUCCCUGUGCCAUUGCGAGAUCAGAACAUCGAUUUGAAGCGAGGCCACAUUCGACUUUGUGCUUCUAGCCCUCAAACACUGCACAAUGCGCGAAGGGCGUUCCUCGAUGCAGUGGAUAUGCAUGUUGACCUCGUACAAGAGUCGAGGUCCAACAUUCACAAAGUAAACACAAGGCUGACCGAGCUGAGGAGGGUGGCAUACAAGCUUUCAAACACUUUCAUGGACAGUGUUGAGAUCAUCAGGAAGCAAGCCCGGGGCAAAGACUGCCAAGAAUUGAUUCAGACAUGUUUUGUUUUUGCUACAGAAUUUGGUCAACGAUCGCUGCUCUAUAUGGACAGCAACAGACGGCAGAUGAACAACCUCAAGCUGACUAAGCUCGCACUGGACUGGGUGAGCUUCAUCUGCGAUGACUGCAUCGCGUCGGAUCGAAAGACGUUUCGCUGGGCUGUCCUUGCGCUCGAAUUCGCAAUGGGCAUGACGCGAGGACGUCACAUCUUGGCACUUGGAGAGGAUGAGUACGCCAAGCUUCGUUCCAAGGUUGCAGGGUGCAUGUCGUUGCUUAUCUCGCACUUCGAUAUCAUGGGCGCCAGAUCGAACCUUGCGGCUCAAGCUGAAAAGGAACGAAUUGAGGCGCUGGUGGGGCAGUUUAGGAAGCUUGACAAGAAUAGGAUGUUGAACGACGAGGAGGCUUCCCGCUGCAUCACGGAGCAGCGCAUGGAUGAGCUGGAGAGAGUGGACGAGUACCGACGGGAGAAGGUUGCCGAGAGGCAGGGAGUGGGUCGAGUACUGGAAGGUAACAACGAAGUCGACCGAUCGCUGGCAUAUCUCUCUUCGUCUGCAACCAACGUCACUAUGCGCUGGCAGCAAGGUCAGUUUGUGGGAGGUGGAACAUUUGGCAACGUCUACGCCGCGAUGAACCUCGACACAGGCCACUUGAUGGCAGUCAAGGAGAUUCGACUGCAGGAUCCCAAGCUUAUUCCGACAAUCGCCGAGGCGAUUAGGGAAGAAAUGGGCGUGCUCGAAGUCCUGGACCACCCGAACGUGGUAUCGUACUACGGCAUUGAAGUCCACCGAGAUAGGGUGUACAUCUUUAUGGAGUUUUGCUCAGGAGGAUCUCUGGCCAACCUCCUGGAGCAUGGCCGAAUCGAAGACGAGCAGGUUAUUAUGGUCUACGCUCUUCAGUUGCUCGAGGGUCUUGCCUAUCUGCACGAGAGCGGCAUUGCCCAUCGAGACAUCAAACCUGAAAAUAUCCUCCUCGACCACAAUGGUAUUAUCAAGUAUGUGGAUUUUGGCGCAGCCAAGGUGAUUGCUCGUCAAGGCCGCACUCUUGCGGACCGACAAGCAUCGAUGCCAAACAGGUCCAUGACUGGUACACCCAUGUACAUGUCACCGGAGGUGAUCAAGGGCGAAAAUCCUGGUAAGCCUGGGGCAGUCGAUAUCUGGUCCCUUGGCUGCGUUAUCCUAGAGAUGGCGACUGGCAGAAGACCGUGGGCACAGCUCGACAACGAAUGGGCCAUCAUGUACAACAUUGCUCAAGGCAAUCCGCCUCAGCUCCCGCCUCCUGAUCAGCUCAGCCCGCAAGGAAUCGACUUCUUGAAGAGAUGCUUUGCGCGGGAUCCUCGAAACCGGUCAUCGGCGGUUGAACUCUUGCAGCAUGAAUGGAUAACAUCGAUUCGAAGCCAGGUGGUGGAACCAGCCACACCGAGCGACACGAGCGGCUCAGCCCAGUCAACACCAACAGUCAGCUCAACAUCGAGCAGACUGGGUGGUGUUGAUGGAUUUUAUUAG